GGUGGAAGGCCACAGCGCAGGGUUCAACACCAUCUACCGUGACUACACAGCCUACCAGACCUUCCUGCACCGCCGCUACCAGCUCAUCCCUGUUUCCUGAUGCUGGGACUGCAUGCCCAGCUGGCACGUUGCUUAGAUCUACUGCAGGAGGACAAGCUGCUUGAAUUCUUUGUGUGGUUGGGAUGAAACGAUCCAGAGCUGAGGGAUACAGGACAUCCCAGCUGUCCGUCCGCUCAUUAACUCUGUCUUUUCUGAUGAAAGUGCAUGUCUUUAAUCCUCAAACAGUAGUGUUACAGUCAUGGCUCUGUGGCAUCUUCUCCCCCUUUCCCUGCCUCUGAUGGCCUUGUGACACAGUGCUACGUGCCGCCCAGCCCCGGAGACAGCCGUAGGACUUCACUCAUGCUGAUGGUAUUUAAUUCUGUCAGUGGCCAAGCGCAACCCAGAAAGUCGGGCCAGCCCUAGCUGGCAAAUUUAGAGGUUGCAGGAGGAAACUGGAGCGAUGGAACGAGGAUGUGAGCUGCUUCCUGGAGGUGUUCUUGUCUCUGGUCUGCACUGGAGGGACAUAUUCUCUGUUUCUGGCUGACUGUACCUUGCCAUAUGCUCCAAACACCUGCAUUACUCUGGAGUUUCUGUCUUUUGGCAGUGGCUCUUCCCUGCUGUGCCUAAGGAUCGCCCCUUUGCAGCUGCAACUCUGCUGAGUGUCCCAAUUACAAUUAAGGACGUGGGAGAAGCCCUUGCCCUGAACUCCAGCAGAGAAGGCCCCGAGCACUUGGUCACUGCAGUGUUUGGAUGGCGGCCGCAUUAGCUGUAAGGUUACAGGACAAUGGUGAAGUCACUGUCCUGCAGGCAGGAAGGCACGAGUUCCCCUUCACCUUCCAGCUCCCCGAGACCUUGGCUACCUCUUUCGAGGGAAAGCACGGCAACGUGCGCUACUGGGUGAAAGCCAAACUGCACCGACCCUGGUCGACAGUGAAGAAGGUGAAGAAGGAGUUCACAGUGAUUGAACCCAUCGACAUCAACACGCCUGCGCUGCUGGCUCCCCAGGCAGGUGCUAAAGAGAAACUUGCUCGUGCCUGGUACUGCAAUCGUGGCCAGGUUUCUGUGACUGCCAAGAUUGACCGAAAAGGCUACACCCCAGGUGAGGUCAUCCCUAUCUUUGCUGAGAUUGACAACUGCACAAGCCGAGCGGUGGUGCCCAAGGCUGCCAUCAUCCAGACUCAGACUUUCAUUGCUCGGGGCACCAAGAAGCAGAAGAAGUCAGUGGUGACCAGCAUCGUCGGUGACUCCAUUGCCGCCGGGAAGCGGGAAGUGUGGCACGGGCGGGCGCUGAAGAUCCCGCCGGUGGGUCCAUCCAUCCUCCAGUGCCGCAUCAUCCAGGUGGAAUACUCCCUGAAGGUUUGUGUGGAUAUUCCUGGGACGUCCAAGCUGCUCCUUGAACUGCCGCUUGUCAUCGGAACCAUCCCACUGCACCCCUUCGGGAGCCGCACGUCCAGCGUCAGCAGCCAGUACAGUGUUAACCUGGACUGGCUGAGCACCAUCCCGGAGCAGCCAGAGGCUCCCCCUGAAUACUCAGCAGUUGUGUCCAGCCCAGAGGCUGAGCAGAGCCUGGGUCCACCAUGCCGCAGUGAACUUGGCGGCAUCCUGGAAGGUCCCUUCUUUGCCUACAUCCAGGAGUUCCGUUUCCGACCACCUCCGCUGUAUUCGGAGAUUGAUCCAAACCCCCCUGCAGACAACAUCCGUCCACGCUGCAUGACCUGUUGAGAGAAGCACAGCUGACAGUGUAGCGAUCCCUUGGGAUGAAAGCUUGCACCCUCGCAGCACUUCGGUCUGGAAAUGGGGAUGCGGUGCCUGUGAGACCGGAGCUCCUGCAGCGCCGAGACCCCGGCUCCGCUCGCUGCCCUCAACUCCUCUUGUCGUGACUGUCCCACAGACCGACACCAAGCGUGGUGCUGUGGACUUGCGCAUGGUAGGAGAACACGUGAGACUCUGUGGUGCGGAGCGGCUCCAUGUGUGGUUGGGCAGGAUGCGGAGGGUUAAUAACUGCCCCAGGAUUUGGGGGCUCAAAGGGGGGAUAUUUGCUCUCCCCUUGCCUGCAGUGGCCAUGCUCUGGCAACUCCUGUCAUGGAAAACAGGAGCUUGGAGGUAUUUCUCAGGAUUACUAGAGAAUAUUUUAAUCUUGCUCGGGUUUGAGUCCUGUGGUGAUGCAGGUGCAGCCCUUCUGCAGUAGCUCACUGUGCAAUUCCAUAAAUUCACCUGAGAUUGCAGUUCCUUUUGCUGGCCAGAUGAAGCAGAGACUUCGUCGGCUGCUGGUAAUCUUUGCUGCCAGCCUGGUGAUGCCUGCAGGGGGAAUGGCUUGAGCUAGUCUACCAAAACUGUGAAGGCUUCCAUGGGCUGUUACCUGGGCAGAGGACUUGGGGGAUGAAUUUAUGAUCUGCGGCAGCAUUUUGGUGCUGUUUACCAAGAGCAGGAAAGGUGGUUCCUGUGUGUCAACACCAAAUCUGCGCAAUGUGCUGAUGCCUCCCCCACAAUAGGGCUGAAAACCAACCCCCAAACCAACCCAAACUGUUGGUACCACCAUGGGGGUGUUGGGGCUGUGGCUCUGGCAUCUCCCUGGUGGCCAAGGAAAAGAGAAAGAAGCCUGGCCCGAGGCUGGUGGCAGCCACCAAUGCUGAUGGGAGAUGUGGAGUUGAAAUGAGUCCUUCAGGGCCAGGAGUCCUGCUCAGGAUGGGCUUGAUCCUGCGCCUGUAAAGGGGUCAGUGGCCCCGGCACGGUGAGGACACAGCAGCAACAUGCUCACCCAUGUGGGAACCAGUGAGGUGGGUGUUGCAGCAAGGACUGCUUGAGCAUGUGUGCCAGGGGCUGACCCCGCUCGCUCCGGCGUUACCUGAGCAGAGUUUGGGUGCUGAGGACCUUUGCAUUCCCUCACUGAGACAAUCCUGCUUGUGGGGCUGCUCGCUUCCCCGCGCACAACCAAAGCCAGGCGUGCCUUAGCCUUCGCGCCGGGGCUGCGCUCUGCUCGCUGCGGAUUGUUCAGAUGAUUUUUCUAUCUGUGAACACUUUUAUAAUGACCACCCUUGUCUUGGAUUAUUCUUUUUGUAUGACUUUUUGUUGGGGAAUUUUUGUUUGAAAUAAA